GGCGGUAACAAACCUCGCUCUGUCCGCCCCGGGGCAGCGGGGCCGAGCGACGGCCCGCGGAGGUCCCCGGCAGCCGGCCGUGCCACGGGGUGCCGGGGUCCCGUCGGGGCCGGUGCCGGAUGGGACGGGUCCGGAGCAGGGCCGCAUCCGAACCCUGGUGCGGCCGCGGGGUGCGCGGCGCGGGGCCGGGCACCGGGCGGGAGGAUGGCGGAGGCUCCGCCGGCCCCGGCCCCGGCCGCGGCUCUCCCACAAGGGCCCCAUGCCCUUCUGACACAGGGUCGCCAGCAGCCCUCCAGGGACGCGUGCCCCGCUGCCAGCCCUGCUCCCUAGCCUGGUCUGCUCGGCCCUGAGCCCCGUGCGUGGGGUCCCACCCGUGAGCCCCGGGCUGGCGUCACCUCCACCACCGUGGCUGGCCCCCGGGCCGUGUCCCGUGGGUACCACCGUGUCCCCUCGCCGCCUCC